AUGAAUAGCGAUAGUUUUAUGCCGAUUUUGCCAAGCGAUAUAACAUUCGAAAUCUGUACGACUAGCGACCCACAUCAAGAUGACUUCGAGGCCGAUGACGAGUCGAACAAUUCGACAUCGAAUUCACCGGCAUGUGGGGACGAGUUGAAAAAGUCCAAUACGGGCGGUAUUCAUUUUCUGACGUCCGACGUGAAGGACCCAUUAACGACGUCGACGGCAACGUCGAUGGCAACGGCAGCCAUGGCAGACACGGAACCCGAAGUGCGCAAGCAGCUGCUGGAGUACCUGAUCCAAAACGACGGUUCAGUGGUAUGCAAGUGGUGUGGCGAGGUGUUACCAUCCCGAACGCGAUGGUAUCGUCACAAGUACAAACUGCACGUGACAACGACGUCAUCGACACAACAAUCCCAAUCGGCGCAACCGCAGCCGCUGUUCAAGUGUCACAGCUGUAACGCGUACUUCAAAUCACGAAAAGGUUACAUCGGCCACCUGAGCUCGCGGCAUUCGAGCGACGAGAACGACGAGAACCGCGAGGAACAACCACGUCACUAUCACUAUCAUCAUCAUCACAACAACAAUAAGAGCAACAGCACCAAGACUGUCAUUCGCAAACCAGCCGAUAUCGGCAAGGGUCCUGACUGGGAGCAGCAACGCGAGAAGGAGGAGAAGCUGGUCGCAGACAUAAUCGACCGCGUGAAACGCGAGUGUGAAGCCCAAGGGGAAAUUGUUACGAGACGCGGUUACUCUCGUCGGACUAAUGUCAUGAACAGUUCCAGCUAAGGUUGGCUCAAUGCGGGCACCUUCUUCAUCAGCCUCUCCUAAACAGCUCUCACGUUCAACAGUGCCAAAUCAAAUAAUGUACAUGUAUGAAUAUUCUUUUGUGAUCUCCAUGACAACUCAAGUCUGACUUAUAUUGAACGCGGGUCUUCCAAAUUUACUUUUCGACUGAUUCUACGAUUGUGUAUUCACUUUUAACUAUAGUACAUUCGCUGGGAGAUCAUACGUAUUUUUCAUAAACGUCUUGACCACGAUCAUCAAGUUUUUAUUUGUUUCUUAAAAGGGUCUACUAAAAAAAGCUAUCCGUGUAAUAUCAUUUACAUUGUUUCGAAUUUCAAUUUUCAAGUUAUGAAGAUAUCAAUCAUAUUUAUAUAUUCGCUGGCGAAAUCUUAUAUAUAGUCCAAGUAUUCAGGCAAUAAAAAAGUUCAAAGCAAAUAUAAACUGAGACUAGCAUUAUUCCUUUAGGGAAAGUGAGUCGUGGUGCCGAACCAGAGUAUGAUUUGUCCGGAAGUAAACGUGUCAAUACGUAAUUGCGGAAAAUUUUAUGAAAAAAUAAUGUUUUUUUUAUAUUUUACACAUGAUUAUGUAAUUUUUACAAUAUUCUGACGCCUAUAAAUUGAUUUGCUGCAAGUCAAAUUUGAAUAAAUAAUUUUAAAGUUACUACAAAAAGAAAAUUAUAGAAAUUAUUCCUGUAACAGCUAUUUUUGUUAAAAGCAGAGACUUUGAAAAUAUCUUUGUUUUCCUCGGUGGUGUUGUUCAGUUGUCAACUCCAAGGUCGUAACUCUUGUAGUUGAGAAAUCUAGUUGAAUUAGCUGGCCUCAUUUUCCCGAUCAUUUGAAAAUUUAAAUUGUUUAAUAAUAACCCCAAAUUAAUGGCUACGAAUGCCCUUACAAACAAAUAGAACAUCUCAUAUAAAUCUGGAACUUUUUCUGACCAAUUCAUAAAAAAAAUAAACUCGCUCAGUACAAUAGGAGCAAAGAUACGAUUUCUUUAGUUGUCACACCUUCAACAGUGAACGUUAAGUGAUAAAAUGUUCAAUGUUUUAAGAGAGAGUUGAAGUUACAUACAAAAAACGUAACCUUCAGUAACAUUGUAAUGUUUUUCUUGAUAUUACCAUCUAACGCGAAAUUAAAUUUUGAACAAAAUGUGCGCUCUGACGAUGGUGAUGGUCUCCACAAAGUGGAACCAUGUAUGCUUCGGUCAACUUUUGCAAAUAGUUCCUGUACACGUUCAAAUUGAAAUCGAGCAAGAUUUUUGCAUUUUCUCCACAACUAAUGCAUAGAAAUGUAUUGAUACAACUUUUCGAAACAAAUUCGAUAAAAUAGAAUUAUUUACUAUUGCAUUUUCAACUUACUAUUGGUCAGUGUUUUACAAGACUAUUUCUAAAAAAUUUGAACUUUUAAAAUGAUCGGGAAAAUGAGUCUACGUCAAACUUGAACUCUCAACGAAAAUAAUGAGCCCUUGUUGGUAAUUGUACAAUAUCCCCAAGGGUAAGUAAUUAAUUUUCAACAGUUUUCUUUUUAACAGCAAUAUCUUUUUCAACAGAUGUUUCCAAUAUGUUUUUUUUUAAUUUUGACCUAAUUUAAUCUCUUAAAAAAACACAGUUUACAUUUCUUUGGAAAUAAUAAACAAUCUAUUGAUUAAUUAACAAAUGGCUCAUUUUGCAUGUAUUUUUGCAAUAAUUUGAACAUUAUUUAUUCGAUUUUGACGUGCAACUAUUCAAUGCGUAUGAAGAUUUUUCUUAAAAAUGUUAAAUAACGUUAUUUUUCACCUGUUUUUCGCAAUUACACAUUAACUCUAUAUUUUUCCCCAGGAUAAUAUCGCAUUCUUGUUCAGUAUCAAGCCCCACACCUUUCUUCAAAGGAAUAGUGCUAGUCUUUGUUUAUGUUUGGUGACUUUACUCUAUUGCUUGGACUACAUAGAAGACCUAGAACCACAAAUAUAAGGCUCUACAACGUAUACAAUUUAUUUGUUUUUUCAGGAACAUUUAUUAUAACAGUAAAGUUAACGUGUAUUCUUUCCUAAUAUAUAAUACAAUUUUUAAAAGUUCACGUAUAAAAAUACAGAAGUUUACAAAAUAUUGUCCGUAAGGAGUAGCAGCGGUGCAAAGUUCCACAGUCAAAUAUGAGUACACACAUGUCUGUACUAAUAAUAUACAAAAAUCACUUGUUGAUUUCUCAAAAAAAAAAACAAUUCAAAGAGUCCUGAAGCACUUGGUCUAGUGCUAGCUAUAAAAAUUACAAAUGAUAUGUAUAUCAAAUCAAGGCGAAACCAAUGUACAUAUUCAAAGAGCGUAAUACACAUACAUAACGUUACCAAAGAAUAAAUCAAUGGCAUAUUCAAUAUUUUUACUAUGUAAGAGAUUAAUAUAGUCUAAAUAAUUUCAUCCGGUGUAGAAAUUAGAUAUUAGAAACUUUAAAUAGGAAUAGACCAAAAGAUAAACUAAUUUAAUAAAUAAGAGAAAGAUAUUUGAAAUCAAAUUAACAACGUAUACACUGCACAUUUUAACAUUUUGAGAGGCGUAAUUAUAAAUUAUAUGAAGUUGAAAUUUCGUUUAAUUUAUUUUUAUUUUCAUAACACAAAAUUAAAAAUCGACUAUUUCAAAGUUAGUUACUUAAAAGUACAAUUUUAACGAGUAGUUACAAGAAACUACCUUAAUACAUGUGUAUAUUAUACGAAAAAUAUCCUAUAACUUUUCUGAAACAAAUAAAUAAAUACGAGACAUGGAAGACCAUAUUUAAUGCAAAUAAAAACUGCAAACGAACAGUAAUGUACAUAGGAAUGCAGACAUAUGUAGAUAAUGAUAAUUGGAUAGAGAGUAAAAAUUAGAAUAGAAUAUAAAGACAUAAUGUCAAGUGCUCGUAUCGAGUGCAUGGAAUAUCAUUUCGAUUGAAUGUAUUUAUCUACAAUAUUCCUUAAAAGUCUGUCCAGAAAAUAACUAUUUAUCAAAUACAUUAAUAUACAUGAUAUACAUAGAGACUUUCUACAUAACAGCUAUCGGACACUGGACAUCGGAAGUUAGACGAAUACUGAAGUAAAAGAACAAAUCGAUUGUUUGUCAUUAUAUUACGAAAGAUUUGUGUGUAAUCUAAGAAGAUCAUGGAUAACAUUUAUUUUUAUUUUACGAAUAAAUGUCAAAUAAUUGAUUAAUUUUUACACCUUCGUGCACGUCUGGCGUCCGAUGUCCGAUGUGCGAUGACUCUUAUGUAGAAAGUCCCUAAUCAUUUAUAUUUACAAAUUCAUAAAUUCAUAAUUGAAAAUCUACUUAGUGGUAUUUGAAAUUAAAAUAAAAUUAUGACGGAUCAAAAUGACGCUUUAAAAUUCUAAUUAAUUUGUAAAUAUAAAUGAUUUCAUAUUCGAUAUAAUACGUGAUAUAAUAUAAAUUUAUCAGAUAGAUAGCUGAUGUAUAAAGUUGUAUUCGAUUUGAAAAAAGUCGAGUACAGAUGAAAUACAAAAUUCGCCAAACACUAAAACAUUCAUUCUUGUUGGUAUCUCUUUGCCAAGUUAUUGUGAUAAUAUAAUAUUUAUCUAUGUUACAAAAUAAGAUUCUAAACCACUUUUACAUAUAAUUUAUUAGCUACUUAGUUAACCAAUUCGUAUUUCAUUCGAUAUAUUUUAACAAUGCAAAUGUGAUUUGAAUAUACUUUAAAAUAUAUGAAGCUUAUAGGCUGAAUUCUAUAUUUAAUUAUAAAUCGGCAAAAAAUGCAUAAUUUAUACAUUAAAUUUUGUAAAAUUUGUAUAUGCGUAUUUAGGGUUAAUUAAGUAACGAUUUAUUAUCUAAUAAAUGAUCAUAAAUUGCCUUAUUUCUAUAUAGCCCAAUAUUUAGUUUUUUAAUAAAAAAUUAUAGAAAAAAAUUAUAAUAAAAAACUACUAUAUUAUGCACGAAUAAAGAAAGUAAAUAGAAAAAUGAUACACACAUUCAAUUUUUACAGUGGUUUUAAAUAAGUGACAUUGAAUAUGUCAACGUAAGUAAAAUAUGCAUUAUAAGUUUGUAACUUAUAUAAUUUUACUGGUUUGAAAUGUCCAAUAUAAUAGUUUUUAUCCGACUUUGAUGGAAUACAAUGUUACGAUAAGAUAUGAAGAGAAUAAAUAAGAAAUCUGUGAGUUUGUGAAGUCCUAUCGGAGUCAAAUUCGAAGGAAAAAACGAGUGCCGAAAUGAACCUCACAAUACAAAUAUUAAUACCAAAGCCAUAGGCAAACAAAAAUAUAUAUCAAAGUAUACAUUUGACGAAAAUAUAUCGUUGAAACAAUUAAAUUGCCAAACAUGAUUAUCAAUAAAAGAACGUAGAAUUCUUACAAAGAAUGGCUAUUCGACUGUAUUAUUGCAUGUCAGUGAUUCAGGAGA